AUGAAUUUAAAGACAACCCCUGUACAGUCAGAAGGAGAUAGUAUUAUUACUUCUUCAGCGCUACAGACAGCAUAUGAGCGAAUUAAAGUACUGGAAAAUGAAAAUUUUAUGUUAAAAGAAAGAAAUGAACAGAUCGAACUGGAAAUACAAUCAAAAUGUGAUAGAAUGCAGAAAUUACAAGAACAAGCUGAUCAAGCCCGAACACAGUAUAAUGAACUUUUAAAUCAAAUUGUCGAAUUAAAUCUCAAAAAUCGUUCAAACAAAGAAAAAUUUAUAAGCUACCAAACAGACAUGAAUAAAAAGUUAUUCGAAGCACAAACACAACUUUCUGAAUUACGUAUGCAGCUUCAAGCAAAAGAUAACGAAUUUCAAUUAGCUAAUUCGCAGAAUCUCAAAGAACAUCAAGACUAUACAAUAUUAUCGAGUAUAAUGAAUAACUCUUUGAAAAUAUUAGACCCAACAGGGAAAACUACUAAUCCAUCUCAGUUAAUUGAGCUUAUAACUAAGAUAAUGACACCAAAACCAACAAGGGAUGUCGACUCACAGACAGAUAUAGUUAAAGUCUCAGAAUCAAAACCAAUAAUCCAAGAAGUUAAACCAAUUAAACCAGAAUCUCCAAUAUCUUCAGAUUUUUCAGUUGAAAGACAUCAACACAGAUCCCAUAGGAGAAGAUCAGAGAGGAGUGAUACAUCUUCUCAUGUUUCAUCUCGAAGUUCUAGGAGCGAUAGAAGAUUCCAAUUUGAUCAUAUAGAUAGUGAUGUGGCAAUUGAUGUUCCGUUAGAUAGAUUUAUUCAAAUCCACAAUAGAUUGCGAAAUGAAGAGCAAGAUUACUCAUUCAAGUCUCAUUCCAGGCAAUAA